AUGGCACCGGCCAAAUAUCAGCGGUUCAAGUGCAAUCGCAAUCGCCUGAAUCUCUCCUGUGCUCAUCAUCAUUUGUGCUUUGAACUUCUUAAGUGUAAAUUGCUCGUCCGCUCAUCAGCUCGAGAAAAUUUCGUAAAAACAAAAUAAACCAAAAUCCAAAUAAAAAUGAAAUUCUUCGUGCUGUUGGCCUUGGCCCUUGUGGGCGUUGUUGCUGGUGCCCAGCUGCCGGACUCGGCCACACAGGGACCCAAUCCCCAGGACAUUGCCACCCCCGAACCGGAAUACAUUGACAUCGAGGAGCCUCUACCCGCUGCCGCCGCCCCUGCCCCAGCCCCGCGGCCAGUGUUCGCUGCUGCCGCUGCCCCCAGGCCAGUGAUUGCCGCUCCGAUCGCCCGUCCCAUUGCCCGUCCCGUGGCCGUGGCCCAGCAGACCUUCUUCCAGCAGCAGCCCAUCGCCCAGCGUGCCCAGUACCUGCCCCCUCUGGUCCAGCAGCAGCAGGUGGUGCCACAGCAGCAGCAGCAGCUGGCGGGACACUCGUUCAACAGCAGGAGCGGCUACCAGUACCGUCGUCCAGUCUAUGUAAGACGCUUCUACCGCCUGCGCCGCUACUAA